UGAUGUUUUCCAGUGUUUUAUGUCAAAGCUCAGUUUCCUGUGUCCGCAGGGAGCUUCAGGCCACUAAUAAAGUUUGACUCCUCCUCGUUUCAAAGUUCUCUCAGUCUGGAAACAGGAGUGAAAUAAUCAAAGAGAGGAGCGAGGGAUGGGAGCACAGGAACAAGAGGAGGCUGAAGCUCCCUUAGAAGGGAAGAAGCAACAGAAAACCUCCAAAGAAGUUUAUUUCUGCGUCCUCCCUGAUAAAUACGAACCCCUGAUAGAGGAGUCGGAGGAGCGAGAUGAGACAGAAGAGGAGAGGAGGAGGAGAAAGGAGGAGAAGAAGAGAAAGAGGAAGAAGAGGUGCAAGAAAUGUAGGAAGAACAUUUGUAAGGUCCUUCGAUUCAGCUGGCGCUGCCUCCUGGCUGGCAUGCAGAGCAUGGCGUCCACCUACUCCACGCCGCUCUCUGCCGUGCCCACAGUGAUUAUGGAGAUGAAGCAACCCAGCGGCAGCAUGGCAUGAUGGGACGCUGACCAGGAGUCAGCGGGACACCUGGAGUUUACCUGGGAAUUUAAUGUGUUUGCUUUGUGUUGUGUGUUUUAUUUGUUUGUUAAAUAUGAACUGUGUGUUAGAUAUUCUUUCCUGAGGAAAACUUUACUGAUGUAUUAAAUAAAGUUUUGAAGUAGA